AUGAAAGCCCUCAUCUUUGCAGCUGCUGGCCUCCUGCUUCUGUUGCCCACUUUUUGUCAGAGCGGCAUGGAAAAUGAUACAAACACCUUGGCAAAGACAACCUUACAUAUUAAGACCUUUCGUGGAGCUCCCCCAGAUUCUUUUGAAGAGUUCCCCUUUUCUGCCUUAGAAGGCUGGACAGGAGCCACCAUUACUGUAAAAAUUAAGUGCCCUGAAGAAAGUGCUUCACAUCUCCAUGUGAAAAAUGCUACCAUGGGGUACCUGACCAGCUCCUUAAGUACCAAACUGAUACCUGCCAUCUACCUCCUGGUGUUUGUAGUUGGUGUCCCGGCCAACGCCGUAACCCUGUGGAUGCUUUUCUUCAGGACCAGAUCCAUCUGUACGACCAUAUUCUACACCAACCUGGCCAUUGCAGAUUUUCUUUUUUGUGUUACGUUGCCCUUUAAGAUAGCUUACCAUCUCAAUGGGAACAACUGGGUAUUUGGAGAGGUCCUGUGCCGGGCCACCACAGUCAUCUUCUAUGGCAACAUGUACUGCUCCAUUCUGCUCCUUGCCUGCAUCAGCAUCAAUCGCUACCUGGCCAUCGUCCAUCCUUUCACCUACCGGGGCCUGCCCAAGCACACCUAUGCCUUGGUAACAUGUGGACUGGUGUGGACAACAGUUUUCUUAUAUAUGCUGCCAUUUUUCAUCCUGAAGCAGGAAUAUUAUCUUGUUCAGCCAGACAUCACCACCUGCCAUGAUGUUCACAACACAUGCGAGUCCUCGUCUCCCUUCCAACUCUACUACUUCAUCUCCUUGGCAUUCUUUGGAUUCUUAAUUCCAUUUGUGCUUAUCAUCUACUGCUACACAGCCAUCAUCCGGACACUUGGUGCAUAUGAUCAUAGAUGGUUGUGGUAUGUUAAGGCGAGUCUCCUCAUCCUUGUGAUUUUUACCAUUUGCUUUGCUCCAAGCAAUAUUAUACUUAUUAUUCACCAUGCUAACUACUACUACAACAACACUGAUGGCUUAUAUUUUAUAUAUCUCAUAGCUUUGUGCCUGGGCAGCCUUAAUAGUUGCUUAGAUCCAUUCCUUUAUUUUCUCAUGUCAAAAAUCAGAAAUCACUCUACUGCUUACCUUACAAAAUAAACAGUGAAAUCAUCUUAGAGAACAAGGACAGCCAUCACAGAGAACAUCUGUUUUCACGGACAACAUAUGCAUAGUGCAAGGAGCUCCAUUUCUGAGCUCCUAAGAAAUAUGCUUCAAAGGUCAAACAUUACAAAAGCAUUACUUUUUUUUUUUUUUCUUUUUUUGAGACUGAGUCUCACUUUAUCACCCAGACAGGCACGCAGUGGCGCUAUCUUGGCUCACUGCAACCUCCGCCUCCCAGGUCAGCCUC